CGCGCAAAUAAGGCUCAGCGGCGGCACGAGCGUAGCGCCAGUGGCGACAGUAGCGUGAACGCAUCUACUCGUCUCCGCACCGCCUCAUUUCGGGCCAGUCAAUACCUCACAGCCGUUACCAAGACAUUAACAGGGCUUUUUGGAUCUUAACGCGCAUCCGCUCGCGUCGACAGCUCGGCGUCAUCCUCAUCCGAGUGUCCACCGGCUCCGUUUAUACAGGCAGUUUGUUGCAUUUUUAAUGGAAAAUGGCGAUGUUUCCUCAGUCCUCCGGUUUGUUGUGCCUCCUCUCAAUCCAGACUGUGCUGUUCCUCAGCGUCUCAUCACCGGCAGCGGCGACGCUCCGCUUUCCUCAGCACUACACAAUGAUUCACUGGGCUGGACGGAUAGAGAAGGAACUGGAGAAGGUUUUGCAGUUGGUCACUGGAGGUCAACAGAUGAAAGCUAUAUAUAGCGAGAAGAGGAGUCAGUUUGACGUGGAGCGAAACACACCCAAACAGCUGGUGGACAAAGUGGCAGGCGACAUCGCCCAACUGCUCAACAGGAAACGUAAAGCCUUAGAGCGGCUGGCCAGAGAGGCUGAGGACAUCCAGAGAGAACAUUCAUGGCAAGAUGGAAUUAAAGAAAACGACAUCCAGUACUACGACUCCAAAGCCGACUCAGAUUAUUUGGAUGACGAUGAUGGAGAAAACCUGCUGGACAAUCCCAACUCUCUGUCUUUGGAGUUUGUGGAUGAUCCGAACUUUAAAAAUAAAGUGAAUUAUUCCUACACGGCUGUGCAGAUUCCCACCGACAUCUACAAAGGCUCUCCCACUAUCCUGAAUGAGCUGAACUGGACUCAGUCUCUGGAGAGGAUCUUCAUCGAGAACGCACGUGAAGACCCCUCGCUACGCUGGCAGGUGUUCGGUAGCGCCACCGGUGUCACCAGAUUCUACCCAGCGACUCCAUGGAGAGCGCCCAACAAGAUUGACCUGUAUGAUGUGAGGAGACGCCCGUGGUAUAUUCAGGGUGCUUCGUCUCCAAAGGACAUGGUCAUCAUUGUGGAUGUGAGUGGCAGUGUUAGUGGUUUGACCCUGAAGCUGAUGAAAACCUCUGUCAUUGAGAUGUUGGACACAUUAUCGGAUGAUGACUAUGUAAAUGUGGCUCGGUUUAAUGAGAAAGCGUCUGCUGUGGUCCCGUGCUUUACCACGCUGGUCCAGGCCAACAUAAAGAACAAGAAGAUUUUUAAAGAGGCUGUGAUGAACAUGCAGGCCAAAGGCACGACAGACUACAAGACAGGCUUUCAGUUUGCCUUUAACCAGCUAUUGAAUGAGACCAACUCUCCGAGAGCAAACUGCAAUAAGAUGAUAAUGAUGUUCACCGAUGGCGGAGAAGAUCGCGCUCAAGACAUCUUCGAGAAAUACAACUGGCCCAACAAAACCGUGAGAGUUUUCACAUUCUCAGUUGGGCAGCACAAUUACGACGUGACUCCGCUUCAAUGGAUCGCCUGUGCCAACAAUGGUUACUACUUUGAAAUCCCUUCCAUUGGAGCAAUCAGAAUCAACACACAGGAAUACUUGGAUGUUUUGGGUCGGCCAAUGGUGUUGGCAGGUGAACAGGCCAAGCAGGUGCAAUGGACCAAUGUUUACCAGGACGCUCUGGGUUUGGGUCUGGUCAUUACUGGAACAAUGCCGGUGUUUAAUCUCACUGCUGAUGGAAACUCUAAAAGUCAGCUGAUACUUGGUGUCAUGGGUGUAGACAUCGCCCUUAGUGAAAUUAAAGAACUCACUCCACGCUAUAAGCUUGGAGCCAAUGGUUACACAUUUGCCAUUGAUCCCAAUGGUUAUGUUCUUUUACAUCCAAACCUACAGCCUAAGAUUAUCAAUUUUAGGGAACCGGUUACAUUGGACUUUUUGGAUGCUGAACUUCCAGACCGCUACAAAGAGGAGAUCCGUCGAGAGAUGAUUGAUGGUCGAAGUGGACAGAGGAAAAUCAAGACGCUAAUUAAAUCUGCCGAUGAGCGUUACAUUGAUGAGGCCUUGAGGACGUACAUAUGGGCUCCAGUGAAGGGCACAGAUUACAGCCUUGGUUUAGUUCUGCCAACCUACAGUGAAAAUCACAUCAAAGCCAACCUGAGCGACCAGAUACUCCAAGUCCAGUAUGGAUCAGACUUCAAGGAUUUUGAGUCUCUCCUGCCAAACACUUUUGAAUCAGAAGGACAUGUGUUCAUUGCCCCCAGGGAAUACUGCAAAGAUCUGGAGCUUUCCAGCAACAACACCGAGUUCCUGCUCAACUUCAUCGCUCUGAUGGAGAAAGUCACACCUGACUCCAAACAAUGUGACAAUUUCUUGCUGCAUAAUCUGAUCUUGGACACGGGCAUCAUUAGACAACUGGUGGAUAAAGUCUGGAAGACCAAAGAUCUCAACACAUAUGGCUUUUUAGCUGUCUUUGCAGCCACCGAUGGAGGAGUAACCCGAGUGUUCCCAAAUAAGGCCGCUGAGACAUGGGAGGAAGAACCAGAGCCGUUUAAUGCCAGUUAUUACCGUCGCAGUCUGGACAAUAAGGGUUAUAUAUUCAGAGCUCCUUACCGAAGUGCCAAUGAAGAGACCAUGAACCCAGAAAACGACACCAUUGGCAUUCUGGUCAGCACAGCUGUGGAUAUCACACUCGGAUCCAGAAACCUCAAACCGGCAGUUGUUGGAGUUAAGCUUGAUCUUGAGGCGUGGACCGACAAAUUUAAGAUCCUGGCCAGCAACCACACAGACAGCAAUCGGCAGAGCUCACAAUCGUGUGGACCAACCAGUGGCUGUGAGAUGGACUGUGAAGCCAACAGUGAUGACUUGCUGUGUUAUCUUGUAGAUGAUGGAGGAUUUGUUAUCAUGUCUAAUCAGAAAGAUUACUGGAGUAAGAUUGGGAUGUUCUUCAGUGAGGUUGACCCAGCCCUCUUCUACGCUCUCUAUAACAACUCACUGUACAAACGCAUGCAGUCCUAUGACUAUCAGUCAGUGUGUGACCCCGUACCCAGCAGUAAUACUGGGGCCGCACCUCGUGGGGUGUUUGUGCCCACUAUUGCAGAUUUUUUAAAUGUUGCCUGGUGGACAUCUGCAGCUGCAUGGUCAAUCUUGCAACAGAUGCUUUAUGGAUUUGCCUAUCACAGCUGGUUCAUGACUGAUGAGGUGGAUGCCGAGGGGAUGGACACUAAAGGGACGAGCUGUGUCACAGUACAGACGCAGUAUUACUUCAGUAACAUCAGCAGCUCAUACAACAUCCUACAAGACUGUGACAACUGCUCCAGGUUAAUUCAUGCUAAAAGAAUAAACAACACUAAUCUGUUGUUUGUGGUGGCCGAACGCCUCUCCUGUAACUCCUGUGAGAUGGAGAAACUAUCGCAGAUGGAGACAGAAUACAAGGAAACGGAUAAAUGUGAAACGAUAACCACAGCCCGGUAUAGAAAAGGAACCACGACCUGUUUCGACUACAGUGAGAAAGAAAACACAUCAGACUGUGGGCGGGGCCACUCAUUCCGCCCCUCACUCUUCACUUUACUCCUCCUCCAACUCCUCCUCCUCUUUGUUAUGGUCCGCCCCUCUGUUUAACUCCAUCCUCUUCUCCUCCUCCCGCUCCUACUCGUCUCCUUAAUUCCGCAUUCCUCCUUUAUCUCCCGGUUGCUCUAGUCAUAGAUAUUAUAAAGGGACUUCCUUCUGCCCUUAUACGGAAGCCCAGUCGUACUGCUUCAUCCACUUAGCUUCACAGGUUGUUGCUUAGUGACCGUUGCAGAACUUCGUUCUCUCCUGCCAAUCAAGAGCAUUUGUGGGAGGAGCUAAAAGUGUCUUUACGAAACAGGAAGCUAAACAAAGUUAGCGACGGGAAAAUGACGGACCAACGUACGAAGACGAAACGGAAAAUGACACGGGCUGUUCCCUCACAAAGUCCCGCCUUUGCGGCGGUCAGGGGGUGGGGUUUCGUCCGACCCCGCCUCUAAAGAGGAAAGGUCAUUCUCAUCAUCGUAUUUAUCGUGUAUUGUAACCCGUGUCGCGUAGACGCAGAGCUACGGAUCUUUCUGACGCUGUCUAGCUUCCGGUAACAAGAAAAUAAUAAAAGCAGAACAUUAAGAGUUUCACAAAAGAUAUCAGUAACGACAUGAGUAUUAAAAUCAUACCUCCAUAUAUUAGGAUAUUUAAUGAGAAGGGGAAGACGAUAGAUCUUAUUUAUUAAAUUAGCUUUUAUUUAUGCACUGUAUCUACUUCUUGCCAAAAUGAGACUUCUUGUGUUUUUCUAGCCAAAUUAGGGGGUAGAGAAAAACAAAAUGGCUGACGUUUGAAAGUAAAUACUCAUGUUGAUAGUUAAAAGCGGUAUUAUAAGUCGAACCAUUCUGUUAUAAGGGCUUCAUUUAUUGUUUUGUUUUACGCCCCUGAUCAGAAUAGGUUAGAAUUUUAGGUAAAUAGUUUUAUUUAUUUAUUUAUUUAUUUAUUUGUCUUGCGAAUGAUUUAUCACAAGGCGAACUCUACUGAUGAUAUCUGCAGCUAAUAUGUUAUUUUUUUUUUUUUUUAAAGGAAUAGUUGACCCAAAAAUAAACGUUCAGAUGUUAUUUAUUCACCCUGAUUUUAGACCUGUAUGUUGUUUUUUUAAGAAACUUCGAGAAUACUUUCUCAGGUUUUUUACAGUACAUAGUGACAUCUGUCAAGUCCAAAAAUGCAUAUUGUGUGCUAUAUUGUAAAGAAAAGGUUCGUAUAAAAUACUAUAACAUAGUGGUUUGUGUUAUCCUUGCGUCUGGACAGAUGUGGUCACUGUCCACAAAAUGACCUGUGAAGAUUUUUCAAAAAAUAAAAAAUGCGACAACAUACAGGUUGCGAAAGAAAUGAGGGUGAAUAAAUGAGGAAAGAAUGUAUUUUUGGCCAUUCUGUUAAACAAUCAAGAUAGGAUAUAUUAAUAGAAAGAUAUAUGAUUGAAAUGCAGUUUGAGUCUUUAGGCAAUGAUGUCAAUGUGCAUUCUUUGUAAUUGUUUACGUGCAGUUUUUCAUACUCUCCGAAUGUCUAUUAUGCAUUGCAUCUCGAUGAGCACUUGUUUUGCACUGACGGAUUUGUUGGUAAAUUUUACGCAGUUCAUUCGAAUCAAGGUGAUCAUCACUGUAGAGCACACGUUUUACUUCAUAUGUUAUAUACAUACGGCCCAAACAUUCACUGCUCAACAUGAAUGCAACGCUUUUGUCUGUGUACGAUUCAUUUUAUGCAUUGAUGCGUUCUUAAAUUGGCCAUUUAUUUACAUUAAAAAAAUAUUUUAUAAAUAUAUAAACAUACAAAUAUAUCAAAUGAAGGAACAGACCCUCUGCUUUCAAACAAACAAACAAAACGGGGAAAAACAUUUCAUCCUAUCUUCAAUUCAAAAUACCAAUUUUGAGCAAAAAAAAGAAUUUUGUUAAAGAUCAGAUUCAGAACGAUUAUCAAAACAUACAUGCAGUUUAAAAUGUUAUACAUUCUUUUUGCUUCAGUUUUUUAUAAAUUGGGUAAGAGCGCCAUCUAGUGGAUAAUAGCGAAAUGACAGAUUACCGUAAAAACUGGUCAGGAAAGCGUCAAUGACGUGGAAAUGUUUUUUCUUAAUUGACGAGAUAACUUGUCAAUGGCGGGGAAAGAGUUAAUAUGUAUUUUACAUUUUUUUUAUUUAAACAAGGUUGAGUGGAGCAUCUUUUUGGGCCUUUUGAAUGAAUAUAGUACCACAAUCUGUGCAUCGUAACGUGACGUCUGUAAGAGAAUGCGAUUUAUCGUUCCGAUUUGAGUAUUGAGAAGCACCUUAUAUACAUUAUUUAAUAAAUAAAUGGGGAUUCAUCAGAAACGUACUGCAUGAUUCUCAGUAUAGGGCCUCUGGCAGCCAUGUUUCCAAGCGCUACUGAGUUUUGGUAAAGUGCAUUUUGAACUUCAGUCUCAUAUCAAAGGUGCUCUGAUUAUAGAAUUUGUUACACAAAUAUGAAGGUUGCUUUCCUAUUGUGUCUGGUUUGUUUGGGCGAGUGUGUAUGAUGUAUUCAGGUUUGCUAAUGGUUGAGAAAAUGAAUCGAUGUUUGCCGUCAUGAUGUAUGUGUAAUAACUGUGAAGACCUUAUGAGAAGUAUUUCGAGCGUAUUGUCAUUGUGGGUGUUGAUUGAAUGAUAAAGUAUGUUCGUGGUUUUCACUUAAGUGUCAAACAAAUGUUUCGUAUCUGUUCGUCUUGAGGUUUGAACGAUAAAUUCACUUUGCGUGCGUUUAAAGGAAUAAAUUACCAGAAAAUAAAUAUGGUUUCAUCAUUUUCUAACUCAUUCGAUAAAAAAACAUACGUGUAAUUUGCUGGAAAUCUGAGUCUAGUCAUAGCGAAGAAUAACAUUCAUUUAGUUUCUAACCUAUAGCCGAGAAUAAGAUUCACACUAAUUUACUAUAACCAACUGUUUAAAUUAUAAAGCUAUCAUAUCUGUUAUGCUACGUACACACCAAACGCGAAGCAUCGCGUUCCUCGCUCUAGAUUACUUGUGGGAUUAAACUUUGUGUCAUGCAAAUUUUUCGCUCGAGUUGAAUAUUUUCAACUUGCACAAAGACGCUUUUGAGGCGCAUUGUGUGUGUUUUCACGGCAAAUGUGCCACCCAAUUAAUGUCAUUCGCAUCGUCCGCGUAAGUUUGCGUAUGUAAUAUACUUGCGCAAAUUCGCGUUUAAUGUGUACGCCCCAUUAGACUUGUUUUAUCCGUACAGAAAAGCCACAUCAGUUUCAAAUGUGCAAAAACACUUAAUCACAUAGUUUUAGCAUGUUUUCGUGUCAUCACACGUGAAAAUCAUGCGUUUAUUCUGCAUUGGAUAAUUGUGCCGACAUCAAUUUGUUAUUUUGUAAAUUCUGCUGAAAACCAAAAAGUAAAAGUGUUUGGAAUGCCAUGAGGGUAAAUGAUGAACAAAUUAUCAUUUUUUGGUGAUCUAUCCCUUUAUGAGAUGUGUGUAUGAAGUUAACACUGAUACUGUUGAAUGCAUUCACACAAAACUGUUCAUCAUUCAGUUUUCUACCACCAACUUAACAAUUCAUUAUUCAUUAAGACAGUUUGGUGUACAUGCUUCAUGUUGAGCUGAGAUUUAAUGGACUGUAGAUAUCACUAAUAGUUUAAACUUGAAUUUAACCCUAAAUCUCUCACUAUCACAUAUGACUCUCAUUGAUAACCCGGUCAAACACGUCUUGAUAAAUUUACGAACCUGUCCACAUUUAAAUUUUAUAUUGUGGACCUAUUGACCCCAUUCAGACCUAUAAAAUAAUUCCUGUUUUGAUAUACAUUUGCAAGGUAAUGAAACUAAAUAUGAAGACUGUUGUACUUUGCUUUCAACCUUAAUAAAAAACUCUCAGAUAAAAGGUACAAAAGCUAUCAAGAAUUACACCUUUGUACCUAAAGAGUGCAUAUUAGUACCUCAGAGGUACCAAAAGUAUACAUAUCUAUACCUAAAUGGACAUAUUUGGACCUUUUUAAGGGGUUCUGUCCCAGUGACAGCUUUUGUACCUUUAAUACUGAGAGUCCAUACAACCUACAGGCUAUUUUUAUUAUUCUAAAGUCAUAUGUGAUGGCUUUGUGAGAAACAGACUGAAGUUUGAAGCUGUUUGCUGAAUAUCUUGAUGGUCUCGCAUAAAUAUAUAUCACGCAAAGUUAUUAUGUCAGUUUUCAAUCACGUGAAGUUAAAGAUUUGGGUAAAAUGUUUCUAUAAUGCACAAUUGUAAUGUUGAAACCUGUUAAAUGACUAUUGUGUACCUCUCUUUUCGCCCGAAUAUUGAAAAAAUCAGCAGUUUUGCUAAUUCGUACGAAAUUAAUCGUGCAAAAACGUACGAUUAUCAUAAAAAAACUGAACGCAACCCCCAACUUCAAUGUCGCUGGGGUGAAGGCAAAAAAAUGUACGAAUGUGGUUGUACGAAUUAGCCACGGGAUACAAAUUGCCAUGAGAUAGCGUUGGUUAUGUUUCAUUUUGAUUUGAAGGGGAAGCGUGUAAUUGUGUGAAACGGCCCAAAAAAGGGAAAAGACACUGCGAUUAAACGAUCAUGAUUGUGUCUGUCUCGUGUCACGAAUCCAAGUACACUGUGGAACAAAAGUCGUUGUUUUUAAGUGGUCUGAAAGAUUUGCUUUUGCCAAAAAAAGAGAAAAAUAAUAGUAUUCAUAAUCAAGCUAAAAGAGGAAGCAGCUUGCACAUAGGGAGGGGUCUGCCCCACCCACUGGGAGGAGUCAUUCAUGUAGACCCUCCCGUAGCCCCUCCCACUCCAAAGUAACAUCCUUGUAGGCGCGUUUCCGUCAGUGAGACGUGUGUAUGUGAUUACGUAGUCUUUAGUCUGGUGAUCCGUGACAAAUGUGUACAAAAAAUAUCUAUUAAAAAAACAUACAAAGGAAAAUUUGAAUUUAACACGAGUGAGGUUUAAACGUAUUAAAAAAUAGAUUCAGAGUACUGCUGAUAAAACUCAUGAUUUGAGGUCUGAUACCAUGGUGAGCGUUUUUUUUUUUCUUUGCUUUGUUUAUCGGAUCGUGUGUUGGUGGGCUCUGUGCCUGGUCUUCGGAUCCAUGCUUCAUUUUUUUGUACAGACAACAAAAAAGCAACAAAGGCAAAUUUGUAAAAUACUGUGUCUGUGACUCCUUGUAAAAUAUUUUCAAAUUGUUUAUUACAGAGAAUCAGUUAUUAAAUAAUGUUCAUAUUUUUCACUUCA